UGGACGGCAUGGGGCCAAUGCUCGCUGAGCUGCGGCAACGGGACUCAGGCCAGAACCAGGGCAUGCGACGGCCCUUACCACGGCGGCGUGAACUGCACAGGACCCACCGUGGACGCCAAGCGAUGCAACACCCAAAGCUGUGCAGGU